UAAAACAAACCAGAGCCUAGGGUUCAUUAUUCACUCAGACGCACGGGGAUGAAGAAAUCGCAGCUUGUUUUCGUGCCCUGUCCUGGUAUGGGUCAUGUCGUCUCCGCCGUCGAGUUCGCCAGGCUUCUCAUCAACCGCCACCAACACCUUUCCAUCACCGUCCUCAUCAUAAGAGCACCAAUUGAUCCCAACGUCCAAGCCUACAUCCACUCCCUCACUUCCUCUCUCUCCUUUUCAGAACGUCUUCAGUUCACUCUCCUUCCUCCGCACCCCGACCCCACCAACUCUCAGACUCUUCAUCCCUCUUCUUUUCUGGACUCUCUCGUCCAAACCCAGAAACCCAACGUCAGAGACGCCGUGUCCAAACUCAACUCCUCACCCGACUCGCCUCGGCUCGCCGGAUUCGUUGUGGACAUGUUCUGCACAACCAUGAUUGAUGUGGCCACCGAGUUCGGGGUUCCUUCCAUGGUGUUCUUCACCUCGGGCGCUGCUUUUCUGGGCUUCAAGCUUCAUAUCCACACACUCCGGGAGCGAGACAACGUGGACACGACUGAGCUUAACUCCAAUGACUCGGGCACUGAGUUUGCAAUCCCGAGUUACGAGAACCCUGUUCCUGUCAGUCAUUUCCCUACUGUUAUGUUCGACAAAGAGUGGACGCUGCGUUUAUUAAACCAUGCGAGCAGGAUGAAGAAAGCAAAGGGCAUAAUAGUAAAUACAUUCGAGGAGCUUGAGCCCCAUGCGAUUCACUCAUUCUCCAGAACCAAAAAAGAUGUCGCCAUUUAUCCAAUGGGACCGAUCUUAAAUGUAAGGGACACCAAGGUGACGAUCACACAGAGAUCAGAUCAUGUGAUGGAGUGGCUUGAUGAUCGACCUCCUUCAUCAGUUCUAUUCUUGUGCUUCGGAAGUGACGGUUAUUUUGAUGAGCAGAAGCAGGUGAGAGAAAUCGCAAGAGCUCUGGAAAGAAGUGGAGUGCACUUCCUGUGGUCUUUACGGAAGCCGCCGCCCAAGGGAUCGGCGGCGGCAGCGCCGACAGAUUACUCAGACUCAGAGCUGGAAGAAGUAUUAGCGGAGGGAUUCUUAGAGCGGACGGCUGAGAUUGGGAGAGUCAUAGGGUGGGCUCCACAGCCCCAGAUUCUGGCUCACAGAGCAGUAGGGGGUUUUGUAUCGCACUGCGGGUGGAAUUCAAUACUGGAGAGUAUAUAUUACGGUGUGCCGAUUGCGACGUGGCCGCUUUAUUCAGAGCAACAAUUGAAUGCAUUCGAAAUGGUGCGUGAGUUGAAGCUGGGGGUGGAGAUCUGCUCCGAUUACCGGAGAGUGUUGGGCAGUGUGGUAAGUGCAGAGAGAAUAGAGAAAGGCAUAAAACAAGCGAUGGAGAGAGAGAGUGAGGUGAGAAAGAAGGUGAAGCAUAUGAGUGAGUUGAGCAAGAGGGCUUGGAUGGAGGGUGGAUCUUCCUACACUCAUGUGGGACGCUUUAUUCAUGACAUACUGAAUUGGGAGUGAAAUUCUCAUUUGGGACAAUUAUGAUUGGAUGCCUAUUUUGUAUAAUUU